UAUCAAAAUUAGACUUUCUAAUGUACAUAAUGAGGAUAUAGCUUAUAGAAGUGGGUAUAAAUUAAAGAAUAGUAAAAUAAAGGUAAAAAUUAAAAUAUGAAACAAAAAGUGAAUAUUGAGUGUAAUUUGCUCUAAUAUAUCUAUGUAAGUUUUUCAAAAAAAAAAAAAAAACCACUCUAUCUCUCCGUUAUACACUGUUAAUUAAAGGGCUAAUUAGCAAUUUUUCCCCCCGAAUUUUGUUAUGUACUAAAUCAUGCCCUCUUAACUUUUUUGGCCAUUAAAAAUUCCUCAUGAACUAUUAAGAUUGUUAAAUUUAAGGACUUUUAUCUAAUUUUAGUAAAAAAAUUCUAACAUGGAUGAAAGUUCAGGGGAUAUGAUUUAAUACAUAUAAAAAUUUGAGGGGCAUGAUUUGGUAGAUAUCAAAGUUUGGGGAGCAUGAUUUAGUACUUGAAACAGUAAAAUUGAAUGAAAUUAGACAAAAGUCUUUAAAUUUAACAAUCUUAAUAGUUAAGGGAAAAUUUUUAACAGCCAAAAAAAUUCAAGGGAUAUAAUUUGGUAUAUGUUAAAGUUUGGAGGGGAAAAUUGCUAAUUAGCCUAAUUAAAAUAAGGAUAACAAAUAACGAACCGUUAGUGACAGUUUCUUCAAGGAAUCAACUUUUAACCCCCGCCAAAACCGUACUCUGCUUUGUUUUUCUUUAUUGUCCCUAAAAUUCACACUAUCAAAAAAAUUCAAGGGGAAAAGGAAAAGAAAUGAGAAUCCGAAAUGGGUUUGCACUACAACACAAUCAUGUGUUGUUAGGGCUUUGCUUUCUGGGAUUUCUUGGAGGCCAAAUUACGUUUGGGGUUCAGAUUCUUUCUAAAUCGAAACUCGAGAAAUGUGAGAAGAAUUCUGGCUCUGAUAACUUGAAUUGUACCAAGAAGAUAGUUCUUAACAUGGCUGUUCCAAGUGGUUCGAGUGGGGGAGAGGCAUCAAUUGUGGCUGAAAUAGUAGAAGUGGAAGAGAAUUCGACUCAAAAGAUGCAAACUUUGAGAAUACCACCGGUUUUGACAGUCAACAAAUCUGCUGCUUAUGCCAUUUAUGAGCUUACAUACAUUCGGGACGUGUCAUAUAAACCGGAAGAGUAUUAUGUUAAGACACGCAAAUGUGAACCAGAAGCUAGUGCAAAAGUUGUGAAGGUAUGUGAGAGGUUACGAGAUGAAAGUGGUCACAUUAUGGAGUAUACUGCGCCAAUCUGUUGUCCUUGUGGACCUCAGCGCCGGAUGCCUUCUUCUUGUGGAAAUGUUUUUGACAAGUGGGUGAAGGGAAAGGCUAAUACAGCGCAUUGUGUUCGCUUCCCAGGUGAUUGGUUCCAUGUUUUUAGUAUUGGUCAGCGAUCACUGGGAUUCAGUGUUAAAAUUCAGGUGAAGACAGGGUCCAAAAUUUCGGAAGUGUUUGUAGGUCCUGAAAAUCGAACAGUUUCAUCCAAUGACAAUUUUUUAAGAGCCAAUCUGAUUGGAGAUUUUGCUGGGUACACAAAUAUACCAUCAUUUGAGGACUUCUACCUUGUAGUUCCUAGACAGGGUGGCUCUGAUCAAAUUCAGAAUCUGGGAAAGAACUUUUCUAUGUGGAUGCUUCUUGAGAGACUCAGAUUUACCUUAGAUGGGCUUGAAUGUAACAAAAUUGGUGUUGGUUAUGAGGCUUUUAGUGAGCAGCCAAGCUUCUGUUCUUCACCUUAUUGGAGUUGCCUGCAUAAUCAAUUAUGGAAUUUUUGGGAGGCUGACCGGAAUAGAAUUAGAAGAAAACAGUUACCAUUAUAUGGUAUUGAAGGAAGGUUUGAAAGAAUAAACCAGCAUCCAAAUGCAGGGGCUCAUUCAUUUUCCAUAGGGGUUACUGAAGUUCUGAAUACAAAUCUCUUGAUAGAACUAAGAGCAGAUGAUGUAGAUUAUGUUUAUCAAAGGAGUCCUGGAAAAAUAAUGAGCAUCAAUAUACCAACAUUUGAAGCCCUUUCUCAAUUUGGGGUUGCUACAAUAACAACUAAGAACACUGGUGAUUUGGAAGCAUCGUAUGGCUUAACGUUUAAUUGCUCAAGAGAUGUUAUACUCAUGGAGGAACAAUAUUUUAUCAUGAAGCCAAAAGAAGAGGUGAUUCGAUCUUUUAAACUCUACCCUUCAACAGAUCAAGCUGCAAAAUAUAUCUGUGCUGCUAUACUGAAGGAUUCUGAUUAUAAUGAAGUAGAUAGAGCUGAGUGCCAAUUUUCUACAACUUCAACUGUACUUGACAAUGGAUCACAGACUACUCCCUUUCAUCCACCAAAGACCAACAUAAAUGGUUUCCUGGAAUCCAUUAAAAGCCUCUGGAAAGAACUGUGGAAGGAUUUGAAAGAUUUCAUUACUGGACAAACUUGCAGAAGGAAAUGCUAUGGCUUUUUUGACUUUAAAUGCCACAUUCAAUACAUAUGCAUGAGUUGGAUUGUGAUGUUUGGACUAUUUUUGGCUAUCUUCCCAACAGUGCUUGUAUUACUGUGGCUUUUACACCAAAAGGGUUUCUUUGAUCCAAUCUAUGAUUGGUGGGAAGAUCAUUUUUCUGCUGAUGAUCAGAAUACUCGAAUACACAAAGUUCAUGUGCAUCAUCAUCACCACCAUAUUCAUGAUAAGAAACAUCACAGGAAAGAAUUGAAACAUCAUAAGCAUGGAGCUCAGCGAAAGCGGCGAAUCAUUCACAAUGAUUACAAUCACAACCAUCAUGAGAGGGAAUUAGAUUACAAUUACCAUCUUCAUCAUGUUCACAAAGAAAAAGACAAGCAUGGGCAUGUUCGGAAUUCAAGGGACGUGCAGCAUUUUGAUGACAAUGUAGGGAAGCACAAGAGGAGAAAAGAAAGAGAAACAGACAGAGGAUACUUAAAAUGACAAGAUUUGAGGAGAAAGAGAAAUCGCCUUCACACUCAACUCAACUCAAAGUUGAAGGAUAAUAGAAACUUUUGAUACCAAAUGAUGAUUUAUUACUUCAAAGAAACUAUUACCAAAAAAAAAAAAAAACACUUCUCCUUGGUAUUUGAAUGUUGUUACUUGUUAGAAGGGCAUCUGAAAACAUGAAGUACUUGGAAACAUAUGUGUAGAAUAGCUCUUUUCUGAGAGUAAAAAAUAUUAGAAUAGAUGUAUUAUAUAUCAUUUACAAUUA